UCUCCAAGGAGAAAGCCGGUGCGCGUAACUGAAACUGAAACCUGAAACGUAUCCAGUAAAUGAUGUAAAGCAGAUCUGCCACCCAGAACGCGGGAGCCCUGGGACCCGAGGACGUCACGGUGGUGCCUCUGAUCACGGGCUGUGUUUCAUGCCUUCUAGAGUGGACAGCACACUUUGGUCCUGGAGGGAAAGUAUCUUUACGUGGUAGAAGUGACCCUGGAAAGUCCACCUGGCUGGCUCUGGUCGUCCGGACUGUGGUGUUCCCUACGUCUGGCAAAGUAGUGUUGGAGGCCCUGGCAGUUCUGAAGGUUCCUGUCAUUCUUGAUAAGAAACUUAGUAGUCAAGGAAAAUAGUUGCUUUUUUUCCUUUUCUUGUUUCUCUCUCUUUUUUUUUUUUUUGUGAACCUGAGUUUUUCAGACAGCUGGCCCUGUUCAGCGCGUUUCCUUCCUCUUUCCUUCCCUUUCUCAUGGGAGUCUCGGAGACGCUUUGCAGCGCACACGCUUGUGCAUAGUCUCGGUUUGACGCUUUUCUGCACCUGCGGUUCAGAUGAGCAGCAAAAGAAGCAGAGACCGAUCAAAACGAAACCGCGUCGCGCGAACCCUUGACUUGGUGCUGGCAGCCUUUUCCUGACGGUUAGGAAAAGCACCCAGUCCCCUUCCCGUCGCGAGCUUCUCACGUUGUCCACCUCUGUUUAUCCAGUUUCUGAAUCGCUCAGGUCUGGAUUUCACGCUGCCUCCUGCCUCUGUCGUGGCCAUGUCACUGCUGAUGGCACCGCUCACGCAGCAGGCGGAAGCCAGAGGCCCCGAGAGGCGCCAGCCCGCUUGCUCUUUGUGAGGUCAUGAGACGAGUGCGCACCGAGCAGAUUCAGAUGGCCGUGUCCUGCUACCUCAAGCGCCGGCAGUACGUGGACGCAGACGGUCCCCUGAAGCAAGGGCUGCGGCUGUCGCAGACCGCUGAGGAGAUGGCGACCAACCUCACAGUCCAGUCAGAGUCUGGCUGUGCCAACAUCGUGUCUGCAGCCCCUUGCCAGGCAGAGCCCCAGCAGUACGAAGUGCAGUUUGGACGGCUGCGGAAUUUUCUCACUGAUUCUGAUUCCCAGCACAGGCACGAGGUCAUGCCUCUCCUCUACCCUCUCUUUGUCUACCUCCAUCUCCACCUGGUCCAGAACAGUCCCAAGAGCACCGUGGAGAGUUUCUACAGCCGCUUCCACGGGAUGUUCCUGCAGAACGCCAGCCAGAAGGACGUCAUCGAGCAGCUGCAGACCACUCAGACCAUUCAGGACAUCCUGUCGAACUCCAGGCUUCGCGCGUUCCUAGACAACAAGUACGUGGUUCGUCUCCAGGAAGACAGCUACAACUACCUGGUCCGCUACCUCCAGAGCGACAACAACACUGCCCUGUGCAGAGUCCUCACCUUGCACGUCCACCUGGACGUGCAACCUGCCAAGAGAACAGACUACCAGCUCUACGCCAGCGGCAGCUCCUCCCGCAGCGAGAGCAGUGGCCUGGAGCCCCCCGACGUGCCCAGCCCCAUCCUGCAGAACGAGGCCGCCCUGGAGGUCUUGCAGGAGAGCAUUAAGCGUGUCAAGGACGGGCCUCCGUCCCUCACCACCAUCUGCUUCUAUGCCUUCUACAACACAGAGCAGCUGCUGAACACUGCAGAGAUCUCCCCCGAUAGCAAGCUGCUGGCUGCUGGGUUUGACAACUCCUGUAUAAAACUCUGGAGCUUACGAUCCAAGAAGUUGAAAUCGGAGCCCCAUCGAGUGGACGUGUCCCGCAUCCAUUUGGCUUGUGACAUCCUGGAGGAGGAGGACGAUGAGGUCGAUGGCGCGGGCACCGAGAUGAAGAUCCUACGCGGACACUGCGGGCCCGUGUACAGUGCGCGGUUCCUCGCGGACAGCUCAGGGUUGCUCUCCUGUUCUGAAGACAUGUCCAUCCGGUACUGGGACCUGGGCAGCUUCACCAACACCGUGCUGUACCAGGGACACACCUACCCGGUGUGGGACCUGGACAUCAGCCCGUACAGCCUGUACUUCGCCAGCGGGUCCCACGACCGCACUGCCAGGCUGUGGUCAUUUGAUCGGACGUACCCGCUGAGGAUAUACGCAGGACACCUGGCAGAUGUGGACUGUGUCAGGUUCCACCCGAACUCAAACUACUUGGCCACGGGCUCGACCGACAAGACUGUGCGGCUGUGGAGCACUCAGCAGGGGAACUCGGUGAGGCUCUUCACGGGCCACCGCGGCCCCGUGCUGUCCCUCGCCUUUUCUCCCAAUGGUAAGUACUUAGCAUCUGCUGGCGAGGACCAGCGGCUGAAGCUGUGGGACUUGGCCUCUGGGACCCUGUAUAAAGAGCUAAGAGGCCACACAGAUAACAUCACCAGCCUGGCCUUCAGCCCAGACAGUGGCUUGGUCGCCUCGGCCUCCAUGGACAACUCGGUGCGUGUCUGGGACAUCAGGAACGCGCUCUGCAGUGCACCUGCCGACGGCUCCUCCAGCGAGCUCGUGGGCGUGUGCACCGGGCAGAUGAGCAAUGUCCUAAGUGUGCAGUUCAUGGCCUGUAACCUCCUUCUGGUGACUGGAAUUACCCAAGAAAAUCAGGAACAUUAAUUUUUUGUCUCUGUUGGAACAGACUGGGGCAGUGGUAGAAAGCCUCCCCUGCAGUCUUCCGACAAGCAGAGGUGGAAUCACAGACUGUGAAAGAGCCCCUUCCCCUUUCUUCUGGCCCCUCCAUCAGCCCCCCAGUGUGGGAGGGCAGAGGGCAGGGCUGGCGGUGGCGAGUGGACACGCGAUCGAGAACUGGGGUGGUCCGGAGGGCGAAGGCAAGUUCUCAGAGACCCCGCCGCGGCUGAGUGCCAGCACGUCCGUCUCUGUCCCACUUGGCCAGAGGGCCCGUUGUGUGGCGCUCUCAGAGGCAGCACGGUGGGUGUCCCUGUGGCCAGCCCUGGUGGAAGGGACAUCCCUGUUAGUGGAGGGCUGCAGGGGUGAGAGCCAGGAAAAGGGAGGGGAGGAUCCUGGGGAAAGUCUUCCCUUUUCCAGAAUUAUAGAGAACCCGGAUUUUUUAUUAUUGUUAUUGUAAUUAUAAUUAUUAUUAUUAUUGAGAAGAGGAAACCUAGCACUGGCAGAGAGGGCCUUCUCUGCUUUUUUAUUUCAGGUUUGACUCCUGGCACUGGCAGUGAUACUUGGAAUUUUGAGGUUCAGGGAAUUCAGAGAAUUUGGUAGCACAGUGUACCAGGAGAAAGGGAAAUUUCGGGUGGUAGAUUGAUCACUCCAGUGGACAUGUUUCUGGAGGUGGGUGGCUGGGUGGGUUUGACGAAGAACAUUCUGGGCUCUUGCCAUGACUUUGGGAAAGAGAGAUUCUUUUUUAUGGCUGCACUUCUGUUAUUAAUUCUCUCCCCUGAAAAGAUUAUGAUAUAAGAUAAUCUGGAAUGAUACGUCACCAGAUGGAAAGAUGUGGGACUUGCGCGUGGCGGAGCCCCCGCAUGCUGUUCCCCUGCACCCGCGAGGUCCACUCCCGCCUACUGCCUGUGGUCCUGGCCCCAGGAGCGCUUUGUGAGAUGCACACCCGUCUACCCGUGCUCCCAGGGGAAAGCAAGCUCUAAUUCGUGGAGAAAGGAUUAAAUAUUUCUGUUUUCUGAAAAGAGUUAUUUUGUAUUUUGUUUUUUAUUAAAAUGUAUUUAGUUUCAAACAAAA